AGCGGCUCCGGGCAGCGCUCGUUCCUUCUCCCCCUCCUUCCCACAGAGAGAACGACGGAGAUCGGGCGGCUGAUCAGCUCCUACCUGGGGAAGGAGAAGAACCUGGAGGACCACACCGUUCACCUGCUCUUCUCCGCCAACCGCUGGGAACACGUACCGUUGAUGAAAGAGAAACUGCAUCAAGGGAUCACGCUUGUGGUUGACAGAUACGCCUUUUCUGGAGUGGCCUUCACGAGUGCCAAGGAGAACUUCUGCCUGGACUGGUGCAAACAGCCUGACAUCGGACUCCCAAAGCCAGAUCUGAUUCUGUUCCUUCAGUUAAGCCCGGAGGAAGCAGCGGAACGAGGGAACUUUGGAAAUGAACGUUAUGAGACCAGCUCCUUCCAAGAGAGAGUUCUACAGUCCUUCUAUCAUCUGAUGAAGGACAAGACGUUGAACUGGAAGACAAUGGAUGCUUCAAAGAGCAUAGAAGACUUGCACAGAGAAAUCAAGUCCGUUGCAGAGGAAAUCAUGCAGGAGGUUCAGAAUAAACCUUUGGGAGAACUCUGGAAAUAA